CUGCAUCUCACUGACAAUUCCCUGUGCUGCUCUACUGAUGGUGAGAGAAGAGUCGCAUGCCUGGGGUCACUUAUCCCCAGGGCGGACUGACAACUCAUGGGGCCCCCGGGCAAUAUGGGAUCAUGGGGCCCGUGUCUUUGCCCAAACUCAAAAAUGCCUAUGAAAAAGGUACCAGGGGCAUCUCAUGGGGCCCCCUACUGACCCCUGGCCCCCGGGCAGUGCCCGAGUUUCGAAAUGGUCAGUCCGCCCCUGCU